AUGCAGUAUCUCACUUGUUUCCUGGUGUUCGCCACCAUUUCCAGCGCUUCGGCUCUUCUUUUCGGCCUUAUUGGUUCAGAGCAGGUAUAAACAUACACUAUUCAGACUAUAUUUACAAGAAAGAGUGAAUUCCAGUCAGUUGCUGUGACCGGGAAGUUGACGUGUAAUGGAGAGGCAGCUGCGCAUGUCCGUGUGAAAUUAUAUGAGAAAGAAGCUAGUGAGUAGUCAUAUGAAACGGAAUUUCAGAACUUUUUUGUUUUUUUUUCAGCUCUCGAUGUGCUUUUGGCCGAAGGAACAACCGAUGAGAAUGGAGAGUUUACCCUUCAAGGACAUAAGGUUGAAGUGACUACUAUCGAUCCGAAACUGAACAUUUACCACAAGUGCAACUACAAGGGAAUCUGCUACCAAAAGUCUUCUCUGACCAUUCCGGACAACUUCAUCACUGAGGGAGCGACUCCGGAAAAGACAUUCAAUGUUGGAAUCAUCAACCUGGCCAACAAGUUCAGCGGUGACUCAACCGACUGUCUCAACUAAUCAAUUUAUUCUCAUGACAUCCUUUUGUAUUAGUCAUUUUGAAAUUUCCGUCCAAUAAACUGUUUACUUCCUCAUGAUGAACUGAAGACGCCAAAGAUUGUUCGCUGAACUGCCUCGAUAUUAUCAAUUCACUAUCUAGAUCUGAAACGUUUGAAAGAAGUUAGUUUCAUUUUUGUUCUUUCCGUCAAUAAAAGACGGUGAUGGCGUGUCUGUCGUAAAGUGAAUUUACAGUGUUUGAGGAGAAAGAAAGACGGCGUGGUUUCUGGUUUUUCUUUGUCCUCCUACUCUUUUGACUUUUUCUACUUUGAAAUUUUGUUCUCACUCAUCUCGACGAUCAUUUCCCAUUAAGAUGUUCCCCAUCCUCUUCGUUUCCUUCCUGGUAUCGACAUCACUUUGCAUAACCAUCGAGCUCGGAGAUGUUCAAUCCAUCUCAGUCAACGGAACACUUCUGUGUAACGACAAGCCGGCGAGCAACAUAAAAGUGAAGCUGUACGAGGAGGAAGCGAGUGAGUUGUGAACCACAAAAGAUUUAUCGCUGUUUGGCGGUGUGCGCUUUCAGUUCUCGACGUGCUGCUUGACGAGAGAUUUACGAGCGAAAACGGCACCUUCGAAAUGUCGGGAUCCAAAUCGGAAGUGACAAGCAUCGACCCGAAACUGAACAUUUAUCACAAGUGCAAUUAUGAUGGAGUUAGUAGUCGAGGCUGAACUAAUCGGAUCAAAGAACAAUUUUUGAUUAAUUUUAGAUUUGUGUGCGCAAAAUCUCAAUUCUCAUUCCGUCCGAGUACAUCACUAACGGAGAGACGCCGUCUCGCACCUACAACAUUGGAGAAAUCAAUCUCGCCUCAAAAUUUAGUGGCCAGUCAACUGACUGCUUCAAUUGA